AUGGCCAAUACAGCCAACACACCGUUCCGCCGGUGGGCGAGAGCGAACUUUACUACAAGCUUCCUCUACCCCUUGAUGGGAGUUCUGUUCUUCUUGAAACACAGAUACAUGUGGCCACUACUUAAAGCAAAGAUGCUACCGUUGGUGGUCCUAUCCGUCUUCAUCCUGAUCGUCCUUUUCUUGACCGCCUAUCUACCUCAAGUCGCCUUACUCAAGCUAUUCCACAAAGGAGGCUCGGCAUGGGUAAAUGGCACUUUCCUGGUCCUCACAGAAGGCAAUCUUAUCAUUGCUUUGCUAUUCGAGGCUUUCCUGGUCGACCACACCCAAGUCGACGUUUUCGACGCCGUCAUGGUAGCCAGAGGCCACGCCGAACUCGUCAAGGCAAAGCGCCCUGUGGACACCGAGGAGCCUGAAACGCCUCUCAAAGCUCUUGGUCCUCGCGACAAAGGCGCUGUGUUUGCACCCUUCAACUUCCGCCAACUUUUCGAAUUUGUGGUACUUCUACCACUCAACUUUAUCCCCUUCGUUGGCGUCCCGCUGUUCUUGAUUCUUACUGGAUAUCGUGCUGGACCUUUGCUGCAACGUCGUUAUCAUAACCUGAAGGGUAUGACUAGCGAUCAGCGCAAGAUUUUUAUUCGCGCAAAGUCGAUGAGAUACCAGUACAUGUGGUUUGGUACCGUUGCGCUUCUCUUGCAGCUUGUGCCGGUGCUGAGUAUGUUCUUCUUGAUCACGACUGCCGCAGGAAGUGCUUUGUGGGCUGCAGAUAUGGAAGAUCUUAAGCGUAGUCAAGAAAAUGCUAUCGAGGACGAGUACACUGAUGAGCCUUGA